AUGCCCGUGCCCGGACUCCUCUCCGGCAUCAUCUCCAUCUUCCGCCUUUCUAUAGAAGCCAUGCCCAACUCCUUAAUCCUAGAGCCUUCUCGGGCUCGGGGAAGGGUGGGAGAAGCUCCCUACGAGGACCAGCAACAAGGUAGACGUGUGGCCGUGGCCAUGGCCGUGGCAAGAGCGGCGAAGGUCCCUCUCUGCGCCUCGGACCAGUGGUCCCUGAAGCACUACGGCCGCUUCUUGCCUAACAGCACCGACCGCUUUGGGGUGGAAGCUGAGGCGAGUUCAGACUCCUCGUCCUCUUGGAAGGUAUUUGAGUCUAAUGAUAAAUAUGGUGCUCUUGUUCUAACCAUAGUUGUAUCAGGUCAUUUCUUCAUUUCCCAAGGACAGACCUUACUGGAAGGAUUUUCACUCAUUGAUGGCAAAAAAUGGCUGAAGAUUGUAAGACGGGUGGACUCCUUACUGUUUGGAUCGAUAUUAAAGGAGAAGAGUCGGAUGUUCCGGGUGAAGUUUGGGGGCAACUCCGAAGAGCAGGCCCUGGAAAACUGCUUCACCUGCGUCCAGAAGCUGGAGCAGUACAUAACGAUCUACGUUCCCGAUGAGCUGGGCCAGGAGCUGGAGCUGGGCCCCAGCCUGCUCAUCGCCCCCGAGGGCCAAGGGCAGGACGGCGAGGAGCCGGGCCUGCGGCAUCGGCAGCGCGGAUUACAUCUGAAUGUAAAACAGCGUCAUGCAUCUUCCCACACCUUUCCAAAUGGAAGGAUAACAAUGGUACAACUUGCACAGUCUGUCAUGACAUCGGCAGAACUACCACUUGCUUAUAAGCAAGCUGCAUGGAAUGCUGAAGAGUUAGGUCCCUUCCUGAAGUUGUGCCUUAUGGACCAGAAUUUCCCAGCAUUCGUUGAAGAUGUAGAGAAGGAACUAAAAAAGCUGAUACGGUUGGGAAAUUAAUGUUCUGUGCAUAAAUAA